AUGUUCGUAAAAUUAAUUUUUAUUCUGACUUUUUCUAUACAAAAUAUUUGUGCUAACGAGCCUGCUACUGUUCAUACACAGUACGGUGAUAUAUUAGGUUAUCAGACUAAUUUAGCCCGUGUCUUUUACGGUAUUCCGUUUGCUCAACCACCUGUUGGAACGUUGAGAUGGCAGUCUCCAGUACCUAUCACAAAAUGGGAUCCUAAGAUAAUCAAUGCUACACAACCACCUCCUGCUUGUGCUCAAGCAGAAAGUGCGAUAACUUCUAUUCGUACUCCAGUUAUUAUGUCUGAAGAUUGUCUUUACUUAAAUAUAUUCACACCAUUGUGUAAUACGUCAUCAUCAACAAAUCUUUUACCAGUGAUGAUUUUUAUUCAUGGAGGUAGCUUUCGAUCUGGUUCUGCUUCCGAAUCGAUCUUCGAGUCGGAGCAUUUCGUUAAUACAACUAAUACAAUAAUUGUACUAAUUCAAUAUCGAUUAGGUGUAUUGGGUUUUUUUGCAACUGGAAAUGGUCCUAAUGAUAUUAAAGGUAAUUAUGGAAUACUCGAUCAACGUUUGGCUAUUGCAUGGAUCAAAGCAAAUAUUAAUGCAUUUGGAGGAGAUCCAGAUGAAAUUACACUAUUUGGUCAAAGUGCUGGUGCUCAAUCGACUGCAUUACACUAUAUGACAAGUGAAAUGCAAUCAUUUUUCAAGCGAGCUAUCAUUCAAAGUGCACCGAUGACAGUUCCAUUCAGAACAUAUCUCGAUUAUGUUGCACCUGGUGUCCUCCUUGCUGAACAACUUCAUUGUGCUCCUAAUGAUAUAUCAUGUUUUCAAUCUCGUACUACAGACGAAAUUAUUGCUGCUCAAAAUAUCGUCAAUAAUAUGUUGACUUCAUUGAAUAUUCUAAAUUUUUUUGAACCAUGGGUACCUGUGAUUGAUAAUAUGAUUAUUCAUGGACAAAUUUUGGAUCUAGUGCGCAAUAUAUCAUUUCCAUUAAAACCAUUGAUUAUUGGUACAGUUACGGAAGAAUGUUACAAUUUUGUUUAUGAGACAUGGAAUAAGACAGUAUCACCUAGUGAAUAUAUUGGAGUAAUUAUUGUUCUGUUUCGAGAAAAAGCGACUAAAGUUCUUCAACAAUAUCCACCGGAAGGUUCGGGUGAUCAACGAUUUUUAAUUGUUCGUUUUGCUACACAUUGGGUAUUUUCUUGUUCAACCCGUGUCUUUGCUCGAAAGGCUGCAUCAUAUAGUUACGUUUAUGGUUAUCCAUCCAACAAGGAUAAUUUAAAGAAAAAUUCGAUACAAUGUAGUGAUCAUGCGUGUCAUGCUGAUGAAUUACCUUUUCUUUUUGAAUCUUAUUGGAAUAAUUUUACUGAUACUGGUCGAUAUAUAUCUCAAAGUAUGGCGACCUAUUGGACAAAUUUUGCCAAGAGUCAAGAUCCCAAUGAUCCUCUGAAAGUACCAGUAUCAUGGCCUAGAGUAACAAGUGGAAAUGAGACAUACAUGUAUAUUCAAGAUCCACUUCAAAUCGGAACGAAUUAUUUAAAGAGUGAUUGUGAUGUGUGGGAUGAAAUUGGUUAUAAAGAAUUUUCUUUUUGA